CAGCAAUAUUUAGUUUCGGAACGUACUAUAAAAGAGCAUGAUUCUCCUUAAAACGAACAGUGAGAGUUUCGUGGUGAGAAACAGGUGUCACUUAGCAAGAUGAGGUUCUUACAGUUAUUGAUGUUGUUUGGGCUUGUAGCUGUUCUAUUAGCAGCGAAAAGCGAGGAUGAUAACAAGAAUGAACUAGAUGUUGUGGACGAAGAUGCAGACGACAAGAGCCCUGAAAAAGCUGAGGACACUGAUAGUGAUGAUGAUAACAAUAAUAAUGAUAAUGAGGAUGAUGAUGAUGAGGAUGAUGCGGAUGAAGAUGAUGAAAAGGGACAAGAUGUUAUGAAGAGAGACGAAGAUGAAGAGGACGAACCCAAAAAUGCUAAAGAUCCCUUGUGGUUUGGUCGACGACGCCGCAGCUACUACCGUCGACGAUCCUACUACCGUCGACGAUCGUACUACCGUCGACGCACGCCAAAACGUCGACGAACGCCUAAACGUCGCCGUUCUUACUACCGUCGCCGUUCCUACUAUCGUCGUCGAUUUGGCUUUAAAAAGCUCUAAACAUUAAGUACAAUGUAUAUGCAGAUAUAAUUUGUAUGAGAAAACCAGUUUUAAAAAAGCUUGUCUACUUUUCUAAA